UCCAAGUGCAGUCACACUUUUUGAAAAUAACAAUUUGUAAAUAUUUUAAUUUAUUUACGCUCAUAAAAUGAAGUCCGAAAAGUUAAAGAGAAACUUUUGGGUAUCCGCCGAAAUCGAGUGCAUGCUCAAUUUGAUAAAGGAGGUCAAUAAUUGCCAGGGCGCUCUGUCCACGAGCACGACGCAAUACACAUUUAUACAAAUUGCCAAUCAAAUGAAAAAACAUGGGUUUCCAAACAAGUCGCCCACGCAAAUAAGACGGAAAUGGUUUCAAAUGAAAAGCGCCUAUCUGUGCUACAAAAAGGGCAAUGUCGACCGGCUGUUUCUGAUACCCGAAAAGUUCCGAAAUGUUAUAGCCCAGUUUGUGGAGAGCGGUGAGAAAAUUGGUCGUUCCAAUCUUUCGACCAUCUCGACAGGAAACCCGGCCAUACAUCAGCAAGAAUCUAUUUCCGAGGAAGAUACCUCCAUUACGGAUAAAUUUAUGAAACAAAUCAGAAGAAACAACAAAAGUGUGCUCCUGGAGUUCGCCAAGCUGGAGGAGUCUCUGUUGGAAUACGAGCACAAGUGUCAAUUUAUCCGAGACAAAAAUAUUAUAAAGCAGCUUGAAGUUAAUUAGUCUAUAAUAAACAAUUGUAUUUAAUUCAUAUUGUAUUUAGGUCCACAAUUUAGCAUUUACAAAUUUAUUUUACAUAAUUAAACGAAAUAAACACAA